UUCUCGUUUCCUUCGAAGUUUCUACAAGCAUAGAUCUCCACUAAUUGAAACAGCAUAAAGAUGGUGGCCCAUUCUAGAAUUCUUCUCUCUAAGUGUUCCGAGUUCCGUAGAGAAGGUGAAUUUAUCGACGUACGUUUAAAAGUGGGUGAUACACUUUUCCCAGCUCACCGAGUUGUUCUUGCGUCGUAUAGCGAUUAUUUCCGCGCCAUAUUUACUGAUGGGAAAGAAGCGAACCAGGAACUGAUCGAACUGAACGAAAAAAGAAUUUCACCGGAGAUAUUCAAGAUCAUUAUGGACUUCAUCUACAGUGGUGACCUUCAUGUCAACCAGAAGAGCGUAUUUGAGGUUCUUCUCACAGCUAGUCAGCUUCAAAUCGCGUGUGUUGUUGAACUUUGUUGUGAUUUCCUAAAGAAGGAGUUCAUAGAAAACGGAAUUGACCUGAAGAACUACUCCAUGCUGUGUGCAGUCGCCGAAAGACUCGGUCUGACAGAUCUGCAAGAGGCCGCAGAGGCCAAGAUGGCAUCCAUUUACAAAGAUGUUUGCGAAAGUAAAGAAUUCCUUACUCAUAUCAGUGCAGAUCAAUUACUCAGCCUUCUUGGUCGAGAUGAUCUCAAUUCACCCUCUGAAGCUUUCGUCUUCAAAUCAGUGAUGAAGUGGAUCAGAUACAAAGGGGAAGAGAGGAUGCCAGUUGCUGGGAAAGUUAUCGGAGCUGUUCGUCUGGGGCUAGUAGACGUGAAGAUUGUGAUUAAAGAGUUGAAAACAGAAGAAAUGCAGCGAGUUCCCGAGGUAAACAUACAUCUGCAAGAAUCCAUGAUGCAUCACUGCAUGCCUUCACAUGAAUUUGCUGAAGAGAAAAUGAAACCAAGAUCAAUGCGUCCGAUUCUCGUGGCCAUCCAUCCCACUCGAGAUUUAAGGAGCGAAACAUUUGCAAAUGAGCGAAUGACCAGAGGCAAAGUAGAGGAGAAAGCGGUAAGCACCAAGUGCUUGACUUUCCCUUGUCAUCAGUCCAAAGAGGCUUUGGCUCAAUAUUUUGAUGUUGACACCAAAUUGUGGAAGCCUUUGGCAUCGGUUGCUCAGCUGAGUGAAAUAACUAAUAGAUGUUAUUCUGCAGAAUUAAUCGGAAAUUACCUGUAUGUACUCACAGAGGCGCAUCAGCAAUUGAUGUUCCCUACAUAUGUGGUAUACCGUUAUCACAUAUUAAAUAACACGUGGGAGAAACUUCCAGAGUUGAAUGUCGAACCGUAUAGCGCGCCUGACAUCUGCUUAUGCUCAGUCAGUGAAUAUUUGUAUGUCAUUACUCAAUCAAAUCCUCCCCAAAGGUACGAUUUGAGCAAUAACGUUUGGCAAGCUGGGGAAAAGUUGAAUUUUCCCCAACAUGAAGGAUUUUUCCAAUCUGUUGCGGCGACAGUAAUGAAUUGUAAAAUAUAUGUAAUUCAUGGUUGUAAAGAUCGUGAGAACGUCGACAAACCAGCGGUAGUGCAUUGUUUUGACCCAGAGAAAAAUGAAUGGGAACGUAAAGCUUCGACCUGCCAUCCUCAUUUUGGGUCUAGUAUUUUUGUAGUCAAUAACAGACUAUGUGUGGCAGGGGGUUUCAAUUCAAGAGGAGUUUCACCUGUGGAAUUGUAUGACAAACGUAAGGACACCUGGUCUGUUGUGGAGCAGAAACAUAUCCCGCACAACGACUUAGGUGCGUUUGAAAUUGAAAGGAGGGUGUAUUUCUUAAUUAACAAUUUUCCUAUUGACAGUGGUAUUAGAAUUCCUCCGGAGGAAAAUUAUCCUGUCCACUUAGGUGAAUGGGAAAACUUAGCAAAAAUGGUAGCCCAUUCUAGAAUUCUUCUCUCUAAGUGUUCCGAGUUCCGUAGAGAAGGUGAAUUUAUCGACGUACGUUUAAAAGUGGGUGAUACACUUUUCCCAGCUCACCGAGUUGUUCUUGCGUCGUAUAGCGAUUAUUUCCGCGCCAUAUUUACCGAUGGGAAAGAAGCGAACCAGGAAGUGAUCGAACUGAAAGAUAAAAGCAUUUCACCGGCGAUAUUCAAUAUCGUUAUGGACUCCAUCUACACUGGCAAUCUUCAUGUCAACCAGAAGAGCGUAUUUGAGGUUCUUCUCACAGCUAGUCAGCUUCAAAUCGCGAGUGUUGUUCAACUGUGUUGUGAUUUCGUAAAGAAGGAAUUCAUAGAAAACGGAAUUGACCUGAAGAACUACUCCGUGCUGUGUGCAGUCGCCGAAAGACUCGGUCUGAGAGAUCUGCAAGAGGCCGCAGAGGCCAAGAUGGCAUCCAUUUACAAAGAUGUUUGCGAAAGUAAAGAAUUCCUUACUCAUAUAAAUGCAGAUCAACUACACAGCCUUCUUGGUCGAGAUGAUCUCAAUUCACCCUCUGAAGCUUUCGUCUUCAAAUCAGUGAUGAAGUGGAUCAAAUACAAAGGGGAAGAGAGGAUGCCAGUUGCUGGAAAAGUUAUCGGAGCUGUUCGUCUGGGACUGGUAGACGUGAAGAUUGUGAUUGAGGAGUUGAAAACAGAAGAAAUGCAGCGAGUUCCCGGGGUUAACAUACAUCUGCAAGAAUCCAUGAUGCAUCACUAUAUGCCUUCACAUGAAUUUGCUGCAGAGAAAAUGAAACCAAGAUCGAUGUGUCCGGUUCUCGUGGCCAUCCAUCCUACUCGAGAUUUAAGGAGUGAAACAUUUGUAAAGGAUCGAGAGACCGGAGGCAAAAUAGAGGAGAAAGCGGCAAACACCAAGUGCUCGACUUUCCCCUGUCAUCAGUCCGAAGACUCCUUGGCUCAAUAUUUUGAUGUUGACACCAAAUUGUGGAAGCCUUUGGCAUCGGUUGCUCAGCUGGGUGAAAUAACUGAUUUAUGUUAUUCUGCAGAACUGAUUGGAAAUUACCUGUAUGUAGUCACAGAGGUGCAACAGCAACAGGAGUGCCACGAAUAUGUUGUAUACCGUUAUCAUAUAUUAAAUAACACGUGGGAGAAACUUCCAAAGUUGAAUGAUAUAAGGGAACGCAAAGACGAAUUGCACAGCCCGCCUAAAAUCUGCUUAUGCUCAGUCAGUGAAUAUUUGUAUGUCAUUACUCAAUCAAAUCCUCCCCAAAGGUACGAUUUGAGCAAUGACAUUUGGCAAGCUGGGGAAUGGUUGAAUUCUUUCGAAGUUGGAGGAAUUUUCCAUUCUGUUGCGGCGACGGUAAUGAAUUGUAAAAUAUAUGUAAUUCAUGGCUUUUACGAACAGGAUUUCAGUUUUAUGGAAUCUACCGACAAACCAGCGGUAGUUCAUUGUUUUGACCCAGAGAAAAAUGAAUGGGAACGUAAAGCUUCGACCUGCCAUCCUCAUUUUGGGGCUAGUAUUUUUGUAGUCAAUAACAGACUAUGUGUGGCGGGGGGUUCCAAUUCAAGCAGAUAUUUUUCAGGGUGGUGUCCACCUGUGGAAUUGUAUGACAAACGUAAGGACACCUGGUCUGUUGUGGAGCAGAAACGUAUCCCGCCCAACAACUUAGGUGCGUUUGAAAUUGAAAGGAGGGUGUAUUUCUUAAUUAACAAUUUUCCUAUUGACAGUGGUAUUAGAAUUCCUCCGGAGGAAAAUUUUCCUGUCCACUUAGGUGAAUGGGAAAACUUGGCAAAAGUAAGUAAAAACGCAGUUUUGUGUUAUUUGCCUGUCAAGAAAGAAAACUUGAGCUAUGAGCUAUCUAGCUGUGGAAUUGGGGGCCCAUCCAUCUGUGGAAUUGUAUGACAAACGUAAGGACACCUGGUCUGUUGUGGAGCAGAAACGUAUCCCGCCCAACAACUUAGGUGCGUUUGAAAUUGAGAGGAGAGUGUAUUUCUUAAUUAACAAUUUUCCAAUUGACAGUGGUAUUAGAAUUCCUCCGGAGAAAAUUGAAAACUGGCAAAGGCCAACGGAUCAAAAAUUAAAGUGAUCUCAGUUUUGCAAAGGCUUAUGAGUAUGAUACUUUAACGCUCUGAUCGCUUUUAUUGUACCUUGUAAUAUUUACUAA